UCACACACAGUUUUUUUUUAUCACACUUUAAAACUGGUUUUGUGGAUGUUCCCCCUUUUCUCUUUUGCCAUCCAAAUCAAUUCCAAUUCCAAUUCCUAUUUCACUUUAUAAAUCAUAAGUUAUAUCCCUUGUUUCUUCUUGUUAUUUAGAUGAAAAGUAUCAAUAAACCAUUAGUAUAUCUUGUAUUAGCCGUUCUAUUCGUUACCUUGCUUUAUUCCCAAAUUGUUAAUUCCUCAACUGCUUCUAGUUCCGUGUUAUCUACUUUAAAAACUUCAACCACUACUUCAACUACAUCAACCUAUACCGAUAUGUCUGUUUCUGAUAUUAAAUCAUACAUCAUCACUUUAAAGGAUUCCGUCAGUGAUGCUGAUGUUGCUGCCGUUCACGCCAAGGUUGCAGAAUUAGGUGGUACCAUUACUACUAAAUAUACUUUAAUCAAAGGUUUUGUUGCUAAAUUACCUGCUAUUCAUGCUACUACUUUCCAAGAUCAUGAUCAUAUCGCUAGUAUUGAAGAAGAUUCAGAAGUUAAAAUCCAAUAGAUUUGUUUAGAUUAAAUAAUUGAUUUGUUUAAUUGAUUGAUCAUGGUCUCUUGCUCCAAAGUCUUAUCUAUGACUUUGCUUUAUCUUAUCUAUGUAUAGUAUAUAUAUAAAAAUGAUUUACUUACUCUCUAAGUGAAUCAUUCUUAGAUCCCUACUAAUAUAAAUCAACCAUAAUCAAACUAUCUGACAACAUCAACUGUCUUUAUAACUCUUAAUUCUCUUCUGCUUAACCAUAGUAAGACUUUAAAAUUGCAUGACUUGAGGUUUGAUCCUGCACAAUGCGCCUUGACUUAAAAAUUCCCCGUGUUUCAAUAGACAGAGACAACUGCUCUGCUGGUUCAUGUUAACUGCCUCCAAAUAUAACUUCAACCUUUCAAGUUAUAUUCUCUACACUUCUUUCUUUCUACUUUAAGGUCAGACUAUUGUAUAUUCCAGCCUAUUAAUCAAUCCUUUAGUUCAUCCUAUCAAUUGCUGGUUCAAUUCGGAGUC